AUGUCUGGGCUGGGAUACGGGCAUGCACUCUGGGAACCCAACCCUGGCAAAGAGUAUCAUCGAGUGGAAACUGGCAACGUCGGCUUCAUACGAGACGGAUUCUUCCACCGUCUCUCCAACGACUUGUUGCCUGGGGACCAUUCUUCACACAGAUGGGGAGUGCCCGAAUAUUACGAGCCGUUACAACUACCGUUCCCGGACUACAAAUGGGACAGACAUCCACUGCGUGGCCACCUGCAUUCUACAAGUGUCAAGGUGAUCUCCGCGAACGUUAACGCAAGCGGGAGGCAAGACGCGCACUUUGGGCGUUGGUUUCGCGAGUACUGUCUGAAGCAUUAUGCCUCGUGGCUCACAUUUGCCAACGACACGCUCGGCUUCGACCUCGUCGUUUCGGACCACAUUCUCGUCACGGGUCGUGACCUCACAACGCAGUGGGCAAUGGUUGCGUUCGGUACCCCCGAACUCCAGGGUACACUUAGGCACGGUGUUUCUGUGCCAGAAAUGAUCACAGCCGAAUUCGAGAUCCACAGUGGAUGGCAGACGAACAUGACUGGCGGUGUGCAACAUCAAUAUGGUCCACAGGCGUCGAUACUGCUAGAGCCAGAAAGAGCCGCAGAGAGUUCAGAACCCAGACCAGACAGUACCAAGUGCGUCUUUCUGAGAGGCUACCGCAUCAAAGAGAGAAGCUUUUUGACUCCCAAGACAAUCAAAGCGGCCUCGUAUCCACCAGACUUGGAACGCGAAGACAGACACCACGAUUCAACAUCUGCGCUCGAGCUAGGCGACGAAGCUGGCGUAGCACGACACAUCUACAAGUACAAAGACGCGCUGAAGGACGUCAACCUUCUGGAUCCGAUCCUUGAUCAUAUCCCGAAGAAUUCUGAUGCCAGAGUGGCUGUGGCACACGACGAAGAUUUAUGGCCAUACUUACAUGGCCUUGUGAUCCUUUCGCCGGACACUGUCGAUAUAGAAGUGGAUCGAAACGGAGGUGAGAUCUUGAAGAGUAGUUGGAGUAGCCUCAACAACAACAGCUGCACAGCCGGGCGCGUCCUGUCCAAACCAGCUUGCGUGGUGUUCCGCAGUCCGGUGACGCCACCCACAUUCAUGGAAAGCUUGGAUACUCUGGCAGUACCACCACGUCCACUCACCUUGCGGCCAUCACAAGCAUCUUUGCGCCCACCCCCAAGGCGCGCCGCCUCAGAGUCUCUAAAUCCACCAGACGAGUUGGGACGGUCGAAAGGCGCUUCAGAAACGAAGAGGCAGACAACUAUCUCUCGGCCUCUAUUCAAUCUGGGCAAGUACUUGAAGCACAAAUCUCUCCGGCGAGCGCCGUCACACGCGACUUUGGGUGAGAAGUCGCAGGUUCCAAACAUAGGCGGGUAUAAUACGGGUGACGAUCGCACAAGAAGAAUUAGGAGAUUGUCAACUAUAGCAGACAUACAGGAGAGAGGAGAAGGAUUGAAUUUACCGGAGGAAUAUCGGCUGGACUUACCUCCCCCAUAUGCUCUGGGUAUACCGGAGCAGUACCGGUUGAGUUAGAUAAGCCUCCCGAGCGGAUCCUCAUAUGCACUCUGUAUUCAGUCGAUAUCUCAGACGGUAUUAGUACAUGUGAACAUUCAGUCCUCGAAUCUACAGACCUUCAUCAACCUUGACCAUCACAAUCGCGAGGAAAUAGGGGGCCCACCCGCUGCUCGAGCCGCUUCAACGCAGCUCCGCGGACGCGGCAGAGCGAUGCGGAGGCAAUGCGGGUGAAUUCUCCCAGAAUAAACACAUGCCCACAG